GACGGAAGUUCCACGUGUUUGUGUUGAGCAACUGCAGGUGGUGGGCGGAGACACCAGGGCCCAGCCUUCUGCAUCCUGCCUUCCGUAUUGGCUGAAGGGCCGGCGGCUCUGGCAGUCCCAGCGGCUGAGAGCAUGGCUUCUCCAGGGGCCGGUAGAGCGCCGCCGGAGUUACCGGAGCGGAACUGCGGGUACCGCGAAGUCCAGUACUGGGAUCAGCGCUACCAAGGCGCAGCCGAUUCUGCCCCCUACGAUUGGUUCGGGGACUUCUCCUCCUUCCGUGCCCUCCUAGAGCCGGAGCUGCGGCCCGAGGACCGUAUCCUUGUGUUAGGUUGUGGGAACAGUGCCCUGAGCUAUGAGCUGUUCCUUGGAGGCUUCCCUGAUGUGACCAGUGUGGACUACUCGUCAGUCGUGGUGGCUGCCAUGCAGGCUCGCUAUAUCCAUGUGCCGCAGCUGCGCUGGGAGACCAUGGAUGUGCGGAAGCUGGACUUCCCCAGUGCUUCUUUUGAUGUGGUGCUCGAGAAGGGCACGCUGGAUGCCCUGCUAUCUGGGGAACAAGAUCCUUGGACCGUGUCCUCUGAAGGUGUCCAUACUGUGGACCAGGUGUUGAGUGAGGUGGGAUUCCAGAAGGGGACAAGACAGCUGUUAGGCUCACGCACGCAGCUGGAGCUGGUCUUGGCAGGUGUCUCUCUACUGCUGGCUGCACUGCUUCUGGGCUGCCUUGUGGCCCUGGGGGUCCAGUACCACAGAGACCCAUCCCACAGCACCUGCCUUACAGAGGCCUGCAUUCGAGUGGCUGGAAAAAUCCUGGAGUCCCUGGACCGAGGGGUGAGCCCCUGUGAGGACUUUUACCAGUUCUCCUGUGGGGGCUGGAUUCGGAGGAACCCCCUGCCCGAUGGGCGUUCUCGCUGGAACACCUUCAACAGCCUCUGGGACCAAAACCAGGCCAUACUGAAGCACCUGCUUGAAAACACCACCUUCAACUCUAGCAGUGAAGCUGAGCGGAAGACACAGCGCUUCUACCUAUCUUGCCUACAGGUGGAGCGCAUUGAGGAGCUGGGAGCCCAGCCACUGAGAGACCUCAUUGACAAGAUUGGUGGUUGGAACAUUACAGGGCCCUGGGACCAGGAUAACUUUAUGGAGGUGUUGAAGGCAGUAGCAGGGACCUACAGGGCCACCCCAUUCUUCACCGUCUACAUCAGUGCCGACUCUAAGAGUUCCAACAGCAAUGUUAUCCAGGUGGACCAGUCUGGGCUCUUUCUGCCCUCUCGGGAUUACUACUUAAACAGAACUGCCAAUGAGAAAGUAAGGAACAUCUUCCGAACCCCCAUCCCUACCCCUUGUUUCAUAGACACCUACUGUGUGCCAGGCCCAGCUUUUAGCCCCUCUCAGAUGCUCUUCCAUCCCCUGCCUGCCCCACCUGCAAGCUCCGAAAUGCACUCGAUCUUUAGGUUGAUAGAUUUUCUCCUCAUCGCGGGGCCGCUGGUCGCUGGGCCACGGGUGAUGUUGGGCCAGUUGUACCUCACCUCCAAGCCCACCUGCUGCAUCGUGGGCUCCCUACCCGUGGAGGCAAGGCCUGAGAUUUUUUUCUCUCAGGCUCUGGCGCCCUCCAUGGACUGGCUUGAGUUCCUGUCUUUCUUGCUGUCACCAUUGGAGUUGAGUGACUCUGAGCCUGUGGUGGUGUAUGGGAUGGAUUAUUUGCAGCAGGUGUCAGAGCUCAUCAACCGCACAGAACCAAGCAUCCUGAACAAUUACCUGAUCUGGAACCUAGUGCAAAAGACAACCUCAAGCCUGGACCGACGCUUUGAGUCUGCACAAGAGAAGCUGCUGGAGACCCUCUAUGGCACUAAGAAGGCAGAGGGGAUGAUCAGCGAAAUCCGGACUGCAUUUGAGGAGGCCCUGGGACAGCUGGUUUGGAUGGAUGAGAAGACCCGCCAGGCAGCCAAGGAGAAAGCAGACGCCAUCUAUGAUAUGAUUGGUUUCCCAGACUUUAUCCUGGAGCCCAAAGAGCUGGAUGAUGUUUAUGAUGGGUACGAAGUUUCUGAAGAUUCUUUCUUCCAAAACAUGUUGAAUUUGUACAACUUCUCUGCCAAGGUGAUGGCUGACCAGCUCCGCAAGCCUCCCAGCCGAGACCAGUGGAGCAUGACCCCCCAGACAGUGAAUGCCUACUACCUUCCAACUAAGAAUGAGAUCGUCUUCCCCGCUGGCAUCCUGCAGGCCCCCUUCUAUGCCCGCAACCACCCCAAGGCCCUGAACUUUGGUGGUAUCGGUGUGGUCAUGGGCCACGAGUUGACACAUGCCUUUGAUGACCAAGGGCGCGAGUAUGACAAAGAAGGGAACCUGCGGCCUUGGUGGCAGAAUGAGUCACUGGCAGCCUUCCGGAACCACACGGCCUGCAUGGAGGAACAGUACAAUCAAUACCAGGUCAAUGGGGAGAGGCUCAACGGCCGCCAGACGCUGGGGGAGAACAUUGCCGACAACGGGGGUUUGAAGGCUGCCUACAAUGCUUACAAAGCGUGGCUAAGAAAGCAUGGGGAGGAGCAGCAGCUGCCAGCCGUGGGGCUCACUAACCACCAGCUCUUCUUCGUGGGAUUUGCCCAGGUAUGGUGCUCGGUCCGCACACCAGAGAGCUCUCACGAGGGGCUAGUGACCGACCCCCACAGCCCUGCCCGCUUCCGCGUGCUGGGCACUCUCUCCAACUCCCGUGACUUCCUGCGGCACUUCGGCUGCCCUGUCGGCUCCCCCAUGAACCCGGGGCAGCUGUGUGAGGUGUGGUAGACCUGGAUCAGGGAAGAAAUGGCCGGCUGUCACCAGACCUGGGGCAGCUCUCCCGACAAAGCUGUUUGCUCUUGGGUUGGGAGGAAGCAGAUGCGAGCUGGGCUGGGUCUAGUCCCUCCCCACCACAGGCAACACGAGUACAGUCCCUCACUCCCCACCACAGGUGACACAAGUACAGUCCCUCCUCAAUCACCACAUUGUGCCUCUGCUUUGGGGGUGUCCCUGCCUCCAGCAGAGCCCCCACCAUUCACUGUGACAUCUUUCCAUGUCACCCUGCCUGGAAGAAGUCUGGGCAGGGAGGCCAGUUCCCACGGGAAGGAGUCUGCCUCUUCUGGCCCCAAGCUUACUCAGCCUAGCGGCCAUGGGGCCUGCCGUGCCUGCCCCACUCUGACCUGCAGGCCUGGAUGGUGUACCUUCUGGACUUCUCCCCAGGCUCACUCAGUGCGUACUUAAGGGUGGACUCAGCUCUGUCUGGCUCACCCUCAGGGGCUACCCGCACCUCACCCUGUGCUCCUUGUGUCACUGCUCCCAAUGCUGCUGCUGACCCUCACUGACAGCUCCUAGUGGAAGCCCAAGGGCCUCUGAAAGCCUCCUGCUGCCCACCGUUUCCCUGGGCUGAGAGGGGAAGUGCAUAUGUGUAGCGGGUACUGGUUCCUGUGUCUUAGGACACAAGCCUUAGCAGGUGAUUGAUUCUGCCUAGACCAAGCAGGAAAGCAGAUAGAGCAGGGAAAAGGAAGAACAGAGUUUAUUUUUACAGAAAAGAGGGUGGGAGGGUGUGGUCUUGGCCCUUAUAGGACCCUGUGCCAAUAAAUAGACAUGCAUCCGUCA